AUGAGCAACAUGCCAGAAGUCCAGGCUUUGGAGCUCUACGAAGAACAAGCUCAAGCCACUGUGGUCGCGGGAAGUUUUUUCACGCUGCUAUGCUUGGGUUUCCUAGUGGUGUCACGGCUACACAUGCGGCGCGAAGAGUAUACCGACCAUCCAAUGGCAUUCUAUGCUCGCCUCGGUAUCUUUCUGCCGCCGCUGAUGGUUGCGGCUUUUGCGAGCCUGAUUCGCCCAUUCCCGGAGAAGCGGCACAACUUCGAGAACAGUGACAAAGACUUGUCCAAUCCGACCUACAUCACCCCCGCCACACACUGCGCUGUCCCCUAG